AUGGGUAAUAGUAAGUCAAAAGAUGGUGUACAUGCACGUAAAGAUAUGAAAGCUAUGGGUAUUAAAAAGCGGUUAUGGGUGAAAGAGGGUAGUGCAACUGGUAAAACAACAAUGGAAGAUAGAUCUUUUGCUUUGACAAAAGAUGAAAAAGUAUCUUUUUGUACAAUGCUGAAGAACUUAAGGGUGCCUUCUAGCUUAUGUUCCAAUCUUCGAAACUGUGUGAGCAUUAGUCCAAAGGAAUUGAAGAAUUUCAAGUUAAUGAAAGGUUUUAAAGGAUUGGUGCGCAAUAAAAGGUACGUUGAGGGGUGCAUUGCAAGAGGGUGUGCACUGCGAGAAGCUAGCUUAUACCUUAUGGAGGACCUGUCAGAUGAUGGUGAUGGUACUCAUAAACAUACUCGACGGGCUUUUUUGGAUGAUGAAUGUGAUGAGAAACUGUUUUUUUAUUGUGAUUGGGUUAGUGUUGGAGAUAAGAAUGCUUGCAAAGUUGAUGCAGUUUCAAAGUUUGUAAAGGUCAACUUAUCGAAGACGAAAAGCAUAAAUAGAGUGGUUGAUGAGCCGUUUAUCCUUGCAUCUGAAGCUACUCAAAGGAGAUUCAAGUAUGAGUUACGCAUUUCCUACCAUGAUGUGCUCCCCACUCAUGAAGAAAGGAUUCUAAAUGUUCCACCAAGUGUAAAAUCAGAGGAUUGGAUAAAAUUUUGCAAAAAUGAAAGAGAAGAAAAGGCAAAGCAAAGUAGAAUUGAGCAUAAGAGUAAAAGAAAACAAUAUGGCUACACAUAUUGUACUGGUCGCAAACCUCAUGCUUUGGUGAGAGCUGAACUGGAGACUGCAAAUCCUGAUGCGAUGAUCACUUCUGAGGAUGUGUGGGUUAAAACUCAUACACAAGAAGGUGGUCCUAUUUUUCCUAGCGCAGUGUCAUUCGCUGAGAAUCUCAAGAAGGCCCAAGAUGAGAUGAAAGAAAAACAGGAUGCAAGUCUUCCAGUAAAAGAACCUUGUGCAAUGACUAAAGAUUUUGGGAAGGAUUCUAGAGGACAGGUUUGUUAUGUUGGUCCUAUAUCUCGUACACAAAUCAAUCUUUCUGCUCCAACGCGUAACAAGGUAUAUGAACUGAAAGAGAAGGAGGGUGGUCUUGGUGGGAUGGUGGAAGAAUUAGGUGGCAAGGUGGGUGUUCUAAUUAAUGGAUUUGGGAAAUUGUGCCACAUAGUGGCUGAAAUGAAAUAUGCAAUUCCAGUAUCAGUUGGCUCGAAUGUGCCCAGCACCUCAAGAGAUGUAGCCUUGCAUACUCCAUGUGGCGUUUCUGCUUCACCUCAAACAGGUUCGCAUGCUGCGACAAGUUCACCUGUUGGGAAUACUGUAUCACCAGCUGAGACAAGUUCACCUAUUGGGAAUACUGUAUCACCAACUUCAUCAAGAGUACGUAGUUUGCCGCUUUGUUCAUUACUGGACUUCGAGGGUGAAGUAGUUGCAAAUGGUGAGCUCUGUACUGGUUCUUUAGCAAAUCAGUUUCACAGAGAUCUUGUACCUAUACAUCUUUCCAAGGUAUGUAUCGAUGAUAUUCUCGAGCCAGAUGCAAUAACUGUGAAAGCUAACAAGUUAGCAGCGACCUUCAGAGAAGUUGGAACUAGAGGAUAUGUGCUUCAUCCAAAGAUGUGCCUCUCAAACAAACAUACGUUAUCUCUUACUUUUUGAGAUAAUAUAUCUCAGCCUUAUUGAGCAUCGCAUAAUAUCUUCCUUGACUUAUACUGAUUUUUUUGUUAUACUUGUGCGGUUUAAACUUUUGUACAUGUGCUGACUGAUGCGCAUACUCUUAUGCAGUUGUGCAUAAAAAAUAUUUAGGAUCUUUUUUUGGUAGUUCAUACUUUUGUACGUAUGCUGACUGAUGCGCAUACUCUUAUUCAGUUGUGCAUAAAAAGUAUUUAGGAUUUGUUUUGAUCUUUUAUGGCGGUUCACACUGUUGUGUGUGGUGACUAAUAUGGAUACUUUUAUGCGGCUGUGCAUAAGAAGAGCUUCACCUGAAGCAACUUUUUUUUGUCCAAUGUAACUUUUUUCUAUAUAUGUGAAUACAAACCAGCUUAU